AUGGAUGACAUGUUUGAUGUUUUCGAGGGCAAGGUGGAGGCCCCGAGUGCGAGCGAAGACGAGAGCGUCCCCCGCAAGCGCGACAAGACCAAGAAGAGAAAGGCCGAUGAAGCCAUGAACGGCAACGCGGCCAACGCGGCCGAGGACGUCGACAUGGACGACAAGACCGAGACCUCCAAGGAUGAGGAUUCCGACGACGACGACACUUCGGACACGCCCAGCCAGCAAGAUAAGAAGAGGAGGAAGAAGGAGGAUGGCGCGGGUCCUGUCAUGACGGAUACCUUCCAGACGGCAGAGUCGAGAGAGGUUGCUGGCGCAUCUACCUUUGUGCCUCAGGACUCGUCGCUGGUCCUGUCGCAUAACAUUCAGCAUCAAGUUGCGCUGCCCCCGGACCUGGAUUACGAGUAUGUUCCCUUGUCCGAGCACAAGGCGCCCGACGAGCCGGCGCGAACGUGGAACUUUAAGCUCGAUCCUUUCCAGAGUCUUUCCGUGGCCUCGAUUGAGCGGGAGGAGAGUGUGCUUGUGUCUGCGCACACCUCUGCCGGAAAGACGGUCGUUGCAGAGUACGCCGUCGCGCAGUGUCUGAAGCGCAACCAGAGAGUCAUCUACACGAGUCCCAUCAAGGCCCUGAGCAACCAGAAGUAUCGAGAUUUCGAGGCCAUCUUUGGAGAUGUGGGCUUGAUGACUGGUGACGUGACUAUCAACCCCACGGCCAGUUGUCUGGUCAUGACGACAGAGAUUUUGCGAUCCAUGUUGUAUCGAGGUUCAGAGAUUAUGCGAGAAGUUGCGUGGGUUGUCUUUGAUGAGAUUCACUACAUGCGCGACAAGACGAGAGGUGUCGUUUGGGAGGAGACCAUCAUUAUGCUUCCCGACAAGGUCCGAUACGUGUUCCUCUCGGCCACUAUCCCCAACGCUUUCCAGUUCGCCGAGUGGAUUGCCAAGAUCCAUCACCAGGCCUGUCACGUUGUUUACACUGAUUUCCGACCGACUCCUCUUCAGAACUACUUCUUCCCCGCUGGGGGUAGUGGCGCUAGACUCAUCGUUGAUGAGAAGAGCAACUUUAACGAGCAAAAUUUCAACCUGGUUAUGCAAGAGGUGGAGGAGAAGAAGGGAGCUGACCCCAACGAUCCUACGGCACGACAAAAAGGAAAGGGCAAGAAUAAGAAGACCAACAAGGGUGGUGCGGACAGCGGCUCAGACAUCGCCAAGAUCAUCCGGAUGACUAUCAAGAAGAAGUUUAACCCCGUCAUUGUCUUCAACUUCAGCAAGCGAGAGUGCGAGAACAUGGCCAUGAACAUUUCGUCCCUCAGCUUCAACGACGAUUCCGAAAAAGCUAUGGUUAAAAAGGUCUUUCACAGCGCCAUUGAGAGCUUGUCGGAGCAGGAUAGGGAGUUGCCUCAGAUUGUGAACCUUCUGCCCCUGUUGGAGCGAGGUAUCGGUGUGCAUCAUUCAGGCCUGCUUCCUAUUCUCAAGGAGACUAUUGAGAUUCUGUUCCAGGAGUCUCUGAUCAAGGUUCUUUUCGCGACUGAGACCUUCUCUAUCGGCUUGAACAUGCCUGCCAAGACUGUCGUCUUCACCCAGGUGACCAAGUGGGAUGGUGUCAAGAGACGUCCUCUCACUUCUUCCGAGUACAUCCAGAUGGCUGGUCGUGCUGGUCGUCGUGGUCUCGAUGCCCGAGGUAUCGUCAUCAUGAUGAUUGACGAUAAGCUUGAGCCCGACACUGCCAAGGAGAUUGUUACUGGUCACCAGGAUCGCCUCAACUCGGCUUUCUACCUCGGCUACAACAUGAUUCUGAACCUGCUGCGAAUUGAGGCCAUCUCACCGGAGUUUAUGCUGGAGCGAUGUUUCCACCAGUUCCAAAACGCGGCUAGCGUCCCGUCUCUGGAGAAGGACUUGAUGUCGCUACAGCAGGAGCGCGAUACAAUGAGCAUCCCUGAUGAGGCGACAGUCAAGGACUACUACCAGAUUCGUCAACAGCUGAGCACCUACACCAAGGACAUGCGAACAGUUAUUCAGCACCCCAACUAUAGCAUUUCUUAUCUCCAGCCCGGCCGUCUGGUGCAGAUCUACAACCCCAAGGACGACCAGGAGACUGUCGCUGGAAACGGUACCGACUUUGGAUGGGGAGUCAUUGUCAACCAGACUCCCCGCCGAGCACCCAAGCUUGGCGAGCCCGAACACAUCCCCCAGGAGUCCUACGUCAUCGAUGUUCUCCUGCCCAUCUCGAGGAAGAGCGCCGAAAUCGCCCCCGGGCAGCCAGCUGGGGAGAUGCCCCCCGGCUUGAAGCCAUUCUCAGACGACGACGACAUCAAGUUUGCCAUUGUGCCAUGCCUGCUCACGUGCAUCAAGGCCAUCAGCCAGAUCCGUCUUUUCCUCCCUAAGGACGGGUUGAAAACGGAUGGCGACAGGGAGACGCUCACCAAGUCUCUGAUGGAGGUUAAGCGCCGAUUCCCCGAUGGUCUGCCUAUUUUGGAUCCUAUUGAGAACAUGGAGAUCACCGACGAGUCGUUCAAGAAGCUUCUUAGAAAGAUUGAGGUUCUGGAGUCGAGGCUUCUUGCUAACCCUCUGCAUCUCUCUCCUCUUCUUCCCUCACUAUGGGAGCAAUACCACACCAAGGUCAAGCUGACCGACAAGGUCAAGGAGACCAAGAAGGCCAUCGCCAAGGCGUACAGCAUCGCUCAGAUGGAUGAGCUCAAGUCACGCAAGCGUGUCCUCCGCCGCCUCGGUUUCAUCAACGACGCCGAGGUUGUUCAGCUAAAGGCUCGUGUCGCGUGUGAGAUCUCAUCCACUGAGGGCCACGAGCUGCUCCUCUCGGAACUGCUCUUCGACAGAUUCUUCAAUGAGCAGACACCCGAGAUGUGCGCUGCUGUCAUGAGCAUCUUCAUCUUUGACGAAAAGGUGGAAGCUCCUGCUCUCAAGGAGGAGCUGCAGAAGCCCUUCCGCGAGGUCCAGGCCAAGGCGAGAAUCAUUGCCAAGGUCAGCCAGGAGUGCAAGCUCGACGUCAACGAGGAGGAAUAUGUGCAGAAGCUCAAGUGGCAGCUGAUGGAGACGGUCUACACGUGGGCCCAAGGACGUCCGUUUGUUGAGAUUUGCAAAAUGACAAACGUGUACGAAGGCUCACUCAUUCGCCUCUUCCGCCGUCUGGAAGAGCUCCUUCGACAGAUGGCCCAGGCCGCCAAGGUUAUGGGCAACGAAGACCUUACCAAAAAGUUUGAAGAGAGUCUGGCAAAGAUCCGCAGAGACAUUGUGGCCGCCCAGAGUCUUUACCUGUAA